AUGGAAUUACGACUAGGAUUUAGGAUCACCCUGGUCUUGAUCAUUCUGGCCUUGACUCUUUCCAGCGAGAGAGUGGAAGCACAGAGGGCAGGAUGUAAAAAUGUCCACUAUGACUUGGCAUUUAUCCUGGAUACCUCAUCCAGUGUGGGAAAGGAGAACUUUGAGAAGAUCAGACAAUGGGUGGCCAACCUGGUGGAGUCUUUCGAUGUGGCACCUGACAAGACGCGAGUAGCCGUUGUUCGCUACAGUGACACGACCACCACUGAGUUCAACCUGGGGAAACACAGGACCCUGGAAGAUGUGAAGCGAGCUGCCCGUAACAUACGCUACCUGGGGGGAAAUACAAUGACUGGGGAUGCUAUCAGCUACACUACCACCAACAUCUUCACAGAGCGGAACGGAGCAAGGCCCAUUGCCAAAGGCAUUCAGAGGGUGGCCAUCCUUCUCACAGAUGGCCGAAGCCAGGAUUAUGUUCUGGAGCCCUCGAAAGAUGCUGCCAAAGCUGGUAUCAGGAUGUUUGCUGUGGGCAUCGGGGAGGCGCUAAAGGAGGAGCUGGAGGAGAUUGCCGCUGAGCCAAAGAAUGCCCAUGUCUUCCAUGUGACGGACUUUAAUGCCAUUGACAAGAUCAGGGGCAGGCUGAGGAGGAGGCUCUGUGAGAAUGUACUGUGUCCAAACAUGAAGGUUCAACCUGAUCGGUUUAAGCCUGACAGCACCAGUUAUGGUCUUGAAGAGGUUCCAGGGUUUGACCUGAUGGACUACUUCAAUGUGAGAGAUAUUCUGGGAACCAGAGUUGAUGAUGGCCAAAGCUCUUAUGUUCGUCUUGGCACCAUGCCCAUUGUACAGCAAACAGAAGAUGUGUUUCCUCAGGGGUUGCCAGAUGAAUAUGCCUUUGUGACGACAUUCAAAUUCAGGAAAACCUCAAGACGUGAAGAUUGGUACCUCUGGCAGGUUUUUGACAAAUAUGGAAUCCCACAGGUGUCCAUCCGUCUGGAUGGUGAGAACAAGGCAGUGGAGUACAAUGCCGUCGGGCUGACAAAGGACGCUGUCAGAGCUGUGUUCAAGAACCCUGAAGUUGACAACCUGUUUGACCGCAACUGGCACAAGAUUGCCCUCAGUGUGGACGCCAAGUCUGUGUCUCUGUACCUGGACUGCAAACACAUCCAAACUCUGCCAAUUGGAGACAGGGAGGACAUUGAUAUUCAGGGGAAGACAGUCAUUGGGAAGAGGCUGUAUGACAGUGUGCCAAUUGAUUUUGACCUCCAGAGGAUGAUGAUUUAUUGUGAUUCCAAGCAUGCAGAGCUGGAAACCUGCUGUGAUCUACCCAAUGGGCCUUGCCCUAAGAAAAUUGUGACAGAGGCCCCCCCUCUGGCAAUCCCCACUCCAACACCUACAAGUGUGGAGCAACAGAGAGGCCCUCAAGUCAACUGCUCCUGUCCUGCUGGAGAGAAGGGAGAGACUGGUACACGUGGCGUUGCAGGUCCCAAGGGGGAAAAGGGUGACACUGGCCCUCAGGGCGCCAUCGGAUCACCUGGCCUCAGAGGACAAAAAGGAGAAACUGGCAAAGUAAUCUCUGUCAAAGGUGACAGAGGUGAGAAGGGUGAUAGAGGCAGCAUAGGGUCGACAGGUGCUCCUGGACAAAAAGGAGAGAAGGGACUCGGUGGUGUGCCAGGCAUUGAUGGGUUAUCUGGAGACAAAGGAGACAAAGGUGCAGCAGGACAGCCUGGUAAAUCAGGACUGCCUGGUCCAGCUGGACAAAAGGGAAUUCAAGGGGAUGCAGGAACCCCUGGUGCACCAGGACCAUCAGGUGUCAUUGGGCAAUCAGGUAUUAAAGGUGAAAAAGGAAGUCCAGGGUUCAAGGGAGAGGCUGGUUUGGAUGGACUUCCUGGAAAACCUGGUGUUUCUGGGAAAGAUGGUUUGAGAGGACUGGUUGGUGCACCUGGGGCCAGCGGAAUAAAAGGCACAAAGGGGGAGAGAGGCCUUCCCGGAUUACCUGGGGAUGUGUAUCAACAAGAGGGCUUAAGGGGAGACAAGGGCGAGCCUGGACCUCCUGGGCUUCCAGGGGCCGAUGGCCCCCCAGGACCUCCUGGUCCUCCCGGUGUUCAAGGUCUACCUGGUGAGCCUGGAGAGUUCGGCCAGAGGGGAAAGAAAGGUGAAAGCGGCUUGCCUGGAGUGGAUGGACUUCCUGGACCUCCUGGACCUCAGGGUCCAGCUGGGCCACCAGGAAACCAAGGACAUACUGGACCGCCUGGUCUACCUGGUGAAAUUGGAUUUUCAGGCAAACCUGGAGAGCCUGGAAAGCCUGGUCUUCCUGGUAAAGAUGGCCUGGAUGGUCUUCCUGGAAAUGAUGGUGGCAUGGGGCCCAGGGGAGAGCGCGGAACAGAUGGUUUUCCUGGCAAGCCUGGACAUAAGGGUGAUGAUGGGCCUCCCGGACCAAGAGGACCUCCAGGGGAGAGAGGAGAAGCUGGUUCACCUGGACAACCAGGAGCUGAUGGAUCAAGAGGAGACAGGGGGGUUCCUGGAGAGAGGGGAAAAGAUGGACCACUUGGGCCAAAAGGUGAAAAGGGCGACAAGGGUGAAGUAGGAGCCAGGGGACCACCUGGUGCUCCAGGAAAUGUGGAAAAUGUUAUUCCUGAGCCUGGUGAACCUGGAAAACCUGGUGAAAAGGGAGAGAAGGGGGAACAAGGAAAACCAGGAGAAAUGGGUCCAAGAGGAUUACCUGGUGAACAAGGCUUUAAGGGACCACCCGGACUACCCGGUCCAAAAGGUGACACUGGACUUACAGGAGAGAUAGGACGUGUUGGAGAUCCUGGUCCACCAGGCAUAGCUGGUCCUCCGGGUUCUCGUGGACUACCAGGGGGUGUGGGCAUACCAGGAAUCAUUGGGCCCCCUGGUCCAGCUGGACAGAGAGGAGACAAGGGUGAAGCAGGUAAACCAGGACAAGCAGGUCCUGCAGGCCCACCCGGAGAGCCUGGUUUGAUUGGACCCCCAGGACCAACAGGGAAGGGGAAAGAUGGGCAAAAUGGGGAGCCAGGACCACAGGGUAUUCAAGGACCCCCGGGGUUAAAGGGCCAACCAGGGUCACGAGGAGAACCAGGGUUACCAGGGGACAGGGGUCCUUCUGGAGAAGGAAAAAUGGGACUUCCGGGGUCUCCAGGAAAUAAUGGGGAACCUGGACCUGCAGGCUUAAGGGGCUCACCAGGAGUUGCCGGUCCUCAGGGCCCAGCAGGACAUAAUGGUCUACCUGGAAGGCCAGGAGAGAAGGGAUCACCGGGAGAGCCUGGGAAGGCAGCAGACCUCUCUGACCUAAAUCUCAAGGAUGUGUGCUCAGACUGCCCUGCAGGUCCACCCGGACAACCUGGUCUUCCAGGAAUCCCAGGGGACAAAGGACACCAGGGACCUCCGGGGAAAAAUGGCCAAGAUGGUUACCAAGGCCCGCCGGGACCAGCCGGACCUCAAGGGCCCCCUGGAGCUGAUGGAGGAAAGGGAAUAAAAGGUGAUCGAGGACCUACUGGAGCCCCUGGAGACAAAGGGGAAAAGGGUCACCCAGGACCCCCUGGCCAUCCAGGUGCUGCUGGAUUAAUAGGCACACCAGGUAACGAUGGACAGCCUGGCCCUGUCGGUCCCCCAGGAUCCCCUGGAGAAAAGGGCAAAGAGGGUCUCAAAGGAAUCCAGGGACCACCGGGUCUUCCUGGCUUGAUAGGUCAACCGGGAAAAAUGGGAAAAGAUGGCAGACAAGGUGAAACAGGAGAACCUGGCAAACAAGGUGAACCUGGACCACCAGGAAAUCCUGGGCUCCGGGGACUCCCGGGCUUUAAGGGCCACAGGGGAGAACCUGGUGCUCCAGGACCUAAGGGAGAAGAUGGAAAGUCCGGAUUGCCUGGGCGUGACGGCAAACCUGGGAAGGAGGGCUCUAAGGGACCCCCAGGACCCGAGGGACUUAUGGGACCAAGGGGAGAUUCGGGCAAGCCAGGUGAACCAGGACCAUCAGGAAAAGCAGGUCUCCCUGGAACUCCCGGUCUUAGCGGACCCAAGGGAGAGCCCGGCAACCCAGGAUUACCGGGCUUUAGUGGUCCUAAAGGCCCUGCAGGUCCACCUGGUCCAGUUGGCCCAGAAGGAAAACAGGGCAUGCCAGGCAGAAUUGGUGAUCGUGGCCUCAAAGGAGAUAAGGGUGAUACAGGUAUUAAGGGAGAUAAAGGACAUUCAGGAGAUCCAGGUAUGCCUGGAAACCCUGGACCCCCAGGCAGAAAGGGCCACACAGGGAUGAUGGGAAUGUCAGGACCACCAGGAGAACUAGGAUCUCCUGGACCACAAGGUCCCCCUGGAAACCCUGGUGCCCCAGGCCUACGGGGAGAGUCAGUAUCACUGGAGCAGAUGAGACGGCUCAUCCAGGAGGAGCUGGCUAAACAACUAGAUGCCAAAAUAGCUUACCUCAUGGCUCAGAUGCAGCCAGCCCAUGUGAAAAGUACAGCAGGCCGCCCAGGACCUCCUGGCCCGCCAGGUAAGGACGGCAGUCCUGGACGAACUGGCCCCCCUGGCGAGCCUGGUAUGCCUGGACAGAAUGGAGGAGAAGGACAGAGGGGACCAAUGGGCCCUCAAGGUGAAAAGGGAGCAAAGGGAGAAAAAGGAGACACUGGUGUUGGUGACAGAGGAGAGCAGGGCCCUCCUGGUCCAAUAGGUCCAGCUGGUCUGCCUGGUUAUGGUAAAGAUGGAAGCCCAGGACAAUCUGGAGCCCAGGGAGAGCCAGGAAACCCCGGUCCACAUGGUCAGCCUGGCCCUCCAGGUCCUCCUGGCCAAUGUGACCCCACACAGUGUGCUUACUACGCCAGCCUCGCACACAGACCCCACACCAAAAAUGUCAAGGGGACUUAAAAAAACAAAAGAGACACAAAGAGCUUGAAGUCCAGCUGUAUUUAUGAACUUGGUCGUGUCAGUCCAAAUCAAGAACUUUUCUUUUUCAAGAUAACCUCAGCGUGGAGGGCUGAAGCAAUAUGUGCUGCCGGUCAGAUUCUUUGUUCUGUUUGUUUUUGGUAUGAAGCUUGGGAUGGAUGGGGAUUGAACAGCGGGGACUUUUUCAGCUCUAAUAUGGGGUAAAGAGGGCAGCUAAACACUUUUUUUCCCCUGACAUGCAUGCUUCCUGUAAAACAUAUAGGGAGAUAACGAGGAUGAUGUGAUUCCCUCCUCUUAACCCCCCCGUCGGGAGUGAAGAUUUGGGAGUCUGAUAUUGUAUCGUUUCAUCAGUAAUUAUCUCAGAAGUUCAGCUAGGCAUUUCUUGCAGGAAUAUGUCAGCACCAUGGUCUUUUUUUUUUUUCCUGCCUCACACCAUUUUGCAUCAAUUACCCCUCACAGCCCACACUGUACUAUGUCAUACGAUAGAUUUAGCACAGUGUCACUUACUGCUCUCUAAAUUGAUCUGUUGCUCUUCUACCAGUCUAUUGGUUUAAUUACUUAGUCAAGGGAAUUAUCUGUUUUGUUGUCAUUGAUGGGAUUGAUGGGGGGGGGGGCAGUGUGAGGCGCAAUCUCAAAUACUAAUAGUGAUUUAGUGUAGUAAGUGUUAAAGAGUUAGUGUGGAGAGUGAUCAAUGACCACAUUCAUGCACUUCUUGCCUCUAAGCUGAUAGCUGUGUUUCAUGCAGCCUUGUCUCUUAUAGUAUAGCACCCUAAAAUAGGCAGAAAAAUAAAAGUAUUUUAAGACAAAUCCCCCCUUAAACAAAUUGGAAUUUUGCUUGUUUUGUAAAAGUGAACAAGUCUGAUUUAUUUAGACAGACAUGAAACAAGACUUUGUUCUGGUAAUAAACUCAAGGCUGCAGAUAUCACCUGUCUCUUUCACAACCCAUAAAUUAGAGUCUUGGCAAUGUUUUUUCUAGCUUUGGAAGAGAUUGGAAAGGUUUCACUCCAAAAUUCAGUCUAUUCAUUGCAACACAGUGCCCAUAUUAUCAAUCAUUUUGUAUGAAUUUGUAUCAUUUGAAGGUGGAUAUCUAAUUUUGUAUACUUAUCUGUCCAGAAUAGGAAUACAUAGCAUGUAUACGUAACUCAUAUAUGCCAUGUAAUGAUUUGUUCCAAGCUCACCCACAAGAUUCUUAUUAAACUUGAGUUUAAAAGACAGAAUAGGAGACAGACAGAAAUGUUACUGUUAGAUUUGUACUUUUAUGUUUAAUGAAGUGUCUCUGGUCAUUCUGUCUUUGAGGUAUGCAUAGACUCGAGCAGUAAACAACUUUGAGGAGGUGGUAUAAUUGCAGCCUUUGUUCACCUUUCUUGAAAAGCUGCUUGUUUCACACUGCUCUCUCUAAAUGUGUCACUUCCUUUCUGUUUGGUGAAGCUUAUUAAGUGCCUACGCUGCGGCAGGCCCCGGCCAGCUCAGCCCUGCUCUGAAAAGACAUUGCUUUUCUUAUUUGUCCCCUGGAACUUAAAAUUGGAGAGUUGCUUCCCUGCAUCCUGAUGACCAGACCAUUGUGUUAACCAUUUGAAAGAUGCUUGCCUUAUGUCCCUCAUGGACCAAUUACGCCUCCCCCCAUCCUCAGAUGUGCUGGUCAUCUAGAACCUAUUAAAUAGCCUCCGCAAAGGUAUCACAUUUGUCAUACUUUCAAAAAAUGAAGAAACACAUCAAUAACCACAAGAGCAACGGACAGGUGAGGGAGCAAUUUUCAAGAAGUGGUGUCACCGGAGGAUGCUGGUUCACCAUAAACAAAAUAUAAAGAUCUUAUGUGAGCUUCCCAAGACAUGACCUACAGGUCAGAGAUUGUCACUGGAUGGUGCCAGUCAUGCUCGCCAUCUUUAGCUCAGGUUACCUAAUGGAAGGUCAUUCAUGAAGAAUGUGAAGUUGUGGCUCUGACACUUUGAAGAUGUUGGUAAAGCAGACUCAGUUUCAGUUUGAGCAGUAUUUCUCGACUGCUCUGGAGGCAGAAGAAAUCUAAUUAGUUGAGUCAACCCAAGACUCAUUUUUGAAAGAGAAAAUACAUUUUUCACCUCAGAAAAUGAAAAUUUGAAUUCAUAAACAGUAAAACACCCUUUCUUGAUUCAAUAAAAGUAAGCAAGUAAGGCUGUUGCCACAGCCUUACUCUGGUAUGACCAGUAGCUUAUGGUGGCUUAUGUUAGCAAAUUUUAGGUUGAAAUUACUGUGUAACUGACAUUACUGAGUCAGCUCACUGAAUUACUCUACCUGUGCUACUGUAUGCUACAUUUGACCAUUUACAGUCAACCUGCUAUUCUCACUUGUUGCCACAGUAACUUCUGUUCAGCAUAAGUUACAUAAGCUUUAAACUACAUCAGUGUUAUUUCUGAAAGAAAGUUGGUUAACUGGUAGCAUAUGCCAGAGGAAAAGUGUGAUAUUACGACAGAAUGAAAAUAUAAAUGGAACUGACAAAUGUUUAAUUAAUUUGUGGUCAUGGCGUAAAGUUAAGCAGUUAGCAGGCUAGCCUGUUAACUUAUCCAGAUACCUAAAAUGGCUAUAAAUUGGCUGGAUAGGUUAGCUAGGCUAUCUAGCUAUGUAGACAGACCUGGAUAGAUCAUAAUAUUGACUAUUUUUUCUUUAACAUGUGGUCACCACCUUUGAUUUAACUCAACCAAUGAAUUUUUUAAUUUUUUUUUUAUCUCCAGAGCAGUUCUGCCUCUGAGAAAUGUUACUGAAACAUCAGUCUGCAUUAUCAAAUACUGUACUUGUAACUACAGUAAUUUAUGGUUCCUCUCAUUUAAGCAAAGUGGUAGAGAGCAGCUUUAAAUGCAAUGAAGUUCAAAUUUACAGUAUGUUCAGAGUCAAAUUGGUUCUAAAUGUGUGAAUGGAAUAAAUGACCUGCUCUGUCAUCAUUGCCAUACCAUCUAAUGUGUCUAUUAGCUGCUUCUGUGUCAGUGGUUUACUAUUGAACAAUCAAACCGUAUCAGUAUUGCUACACCAGUAGACUAGAAUACAUGCGUUACAGGGUGGGAUGGUUUGUUGCUGCACACAGCUUAAAAUUUUAAAAAUCUAUACAGUAGGCCAUACAUAUUUCAUUAUACAAAUUAGCUCUUUUUGCUGAUUGAAUUUUUUUAAGUUAUACUGCUAAAUUAUUAAUGAUUUGAACCAAUGCAAAUGUGUUUUAAUGCAUUAACUGAAAUUUAUUAACCUGUUUCAUUUUUUUCCUGAUAAAUUGGUGCUAAGAUAUUUUAAACCAGUAACAUAUUGUAAGUAUUGGAAAGACAUGUGUACUGUAUUGUAUAAUAAAG